AUGGCUGUUCAAGCUCAAUAUCCUUCCAAUGUUCUUCUUCUCAACAACAACAAUAACAACAGUAGAAAUGUUCAAGAAGAACAUGAAUACUCUUUACAACCGCAACCACCGGGAGCAUUAGGACUAGCACUUCUUGAUCAAACUCAUCAUCAUCAAAAUCAUCAUCAACAACAUAUUCUAUGCAACAACACAACAGGUACUAAUUCUUGUCGGAAAAGAGGAAGAGAACCAACCAGAACAUCACCUAAUCUUAUCAAUCAUUUCUCUUUACAAUCUCAACCGUCACAGAUUAUUCAUCUUUCUCAACUCCAUAAUCAUCAACAACAACAAAAUGUUGUCUCUACUGGCCUUCGUUUAUCAUUCGAUGAUCAACAACAACAACAAAGAUUACAGCUACAACUUCAUCAAUAUCAAUCUCAACUACAACAAGGUUGUCACUCCUCAACUUUCUUGUCUCUAUUAUCACAAGGACUUGUUUCUCAAAUCAAACAACAACAUAAUGAAUUAGACCAAUUCAUUCAAGCCCAGGGAGAGACUCUACGGCGGACAUUGACGGAAAAAAGACAGAGACAUUACCGAGAGCUACUAACCACGGCGGAGGAAGCGGUGGCGCAACGCCUAAGAGAGAAAGAAGCCGAGCUAACAAAAGCGACGCGCAAGAACGCCGAGUUAGAAGCGCGUGCGGCCCAGCUAACCAUGGAAGCCCAAGCGUGGCAGGCGAAAGCCCGGGCUCAGGAAGCCGCGGCAGCCUCUCUCCAAGCCCAGCUGCAACAGACAAUAAUGUGUCAAACCGGCGAAGACGCCGGCAUCUCCUGUGCCGUGGAAGGACAGGCUUCGGAUGCCGAAUCGGCAUACGUCGAUCCGGACAGAGUGGUUGUUGUUGCGGAGGCGCGUGGGAAAUGUAGAGCGUGUUUAAAGCGCGUGGCGACGGUGGUUGUUUUGCCUUGUCGGCAUUUGUGCAUAUGUAAAGAAUGCGAUGCGCAUUAUAGUGCUUGCCCUGUUUGCCUCACACUCAAGAAUUCAACCGUUGAGGUCUUUCUCUCUUAG